UCAUCUAGUCCUAGUUGCAAUAUACGAUACAAACAUCUUUGUUUUUUGUAUUUAUUUUUUUUUAGCUCUAUUCAAAUUUUAUUAAUUUGAAUUUUGGGUUUACAUUGUUUUGGUGAGCAUUCAUCACCAGGUAAAAUACACCAGUAGUUGGGCUCCUCUCUGAACUGGACGUAUUUUACAAUUUCUUCAAAGUAAACAUGUAUUGAAAAUCAAUGUUGGAAAGUAACUGUAUAUUUACCGAUGUAUAGACUUUUGAGUAUUUCCAAAUGCUUCUCUGCAAAAUUUCACAAGUGAAACGAUAUUCUCUUUACACCACUACUUGACAGCUGUUUACCAGUUCCAUUUCAGAUUAGUAUUUUCGUUCAAGACAAACACACAUAUACAGUAUAAUAACCAUAUAAAAUAAUACGUUGUUCCAGAAUAAACCAGCAAUUAAAACAAUUAGAAUAUUCUCCAACUCAACCAACUGCAUCAGCAGUGAUCCACUUCUUAUGUUUUGUUUUGUCCACAGUUUUGGAGCAAAGCCAGAAGAUAUUCACAUUGAAGAAGCUGAAAUCAGAGAAUUUUGCCUUUUUUUGAUAAGAACUACUUGAACCAAUUAAUCUAUUAUCAAAAGAGUUGGCGAUUACUUUUGUGGUCGAUUGCUAAUCGAUUACCUGUUGCAGCUCUAGUGUUCAUAAUGUGGGUUACAAUAAGUGGGGAUAUUGUGGCAGGUGCACCUAUUGGCCCAGCAGCGCCCUCUGGUGGCAGGCAGGCAGGCAGGCAGCCGCCCCGUCUGUGAUGUCUGGGGUACAGUAACGGCACGGCAGGUCCCAGUUGUUGUUGAAAGGAGACGGGUUAACAAUAACGGCUCAGUGUUUCAUACACUAUUCACAUUUUUCCACAGCGGGAACCCCUACAUUCGUCCGAGCCACGGACGCAAGCUCUCUUUCGGCUCUCUGAGAAGAAAAGGACUUGCUCCAUCAGUUAUCGGACAACACCGGCGGCGGGGUUUUUUUGUCCCCCCCCCCCCCCCCAGUCCGUCAUGGCGAUUGCCCACGUAGCCACGGAGUACGUGUUUUCCGACUUUCUGUUGAAGGACCCCGCGGAGGCCAAGUACAAGGGGCUGCGUCUGGAGCUGGCGGUGGACAAGAUCGUCACGUUCCUGGCGGUGGGGCUGCCCUUGUUUCUCAUCUCGCUCGCUUUCGCCCAGGAGGUGUCCGUUGGUACCCAGAUCAGCUGCUUCCCUCCCACUAACUUCUCCUGGAGACAGGCUGCGUAUGUGGACUCUUUUUGUUGGGCUGCAGUGCAGCAACAGGCCGACAGUUCCCCGCUGUGGCUGCACAAGUUCUUUCCAUACAUCCUGCUCCUGCUGGCCAUCCUCAUGUACAUCCCGGCCCUCUUCUGGCGUUUCACGGCAGCUCCGCACCUCUCCUCCGACCUCAACUUCAUCAUGGAGGAGCUGGACCGCUUUUAUAAUCGGGCCAUCAAACUGGCAAAGAAUCUGGCGUCCAGCAAGGAUAAGCCAGAGGACACCCAGAGUGCUCUGGACCUGACUGAGGGCUGCUUCAAAUACCCUUUAGUGGAGCAGUAUCUGAAGACCAAGCGCUUCUCUCACGGCCUCGUGGUGAAGUACCUGGCGUGCCGGGGCCUGACCCUGCUGAUCCUCCUGCUGGCCUGCCUCUACCUCGGCUUCUACAUCCAGCUGGCCUCCUUCACCGACGAGUUCCCCUGCGACCUGCGAACAGGAGUGCUGAAGAACGACAGCAUGGUGCCGUCUGCCGUCCAGUGCAAGCUCGUCGCAGUGGGCGUCUUCAGGCUUCUCAGCUACCUCAACCUGGUGGUGUAUGUGCUUCUGGCUCCGCUGGUGGCUUACGCUGCUCUGGGACCAGCACGUCAGAGCUCCGGCUUCCUCCGGCCUUACGAGAUGCUGCCAGGAUUUGGUGCUUUGGGUGUGGUCACGCCCUUCUACAACGACCUCAGCAUCUAUCUGCUGUUCCUGCAGGAGAACCUGAGUCAACUCAAAUCUUUUAAGUGUCUGCAGGUGCUUGAGUUACUGCAAGAGGCUGGUGACGAGGGGUUCGACACCAUGUGCCUGCUGCAAACCCUGGGUCAGGUGAAGACGGACGUUUUAGACAGUAAGAAUACGUGCUCGCGCAAGGACAACAAGGACACUAACAUAGCUGAAGAAUGAAUCCUCUCAGACCUCUCUGGCUCGUUAAUAAAUAACUGAUCCAGUGAGGAUAAGCCCUGCUGUGAUGGAAAAGAAGAAAUGGGAGUUGACCAUGUGCACUUAUUUUCAUGCUGCAUUCUGCUGGUGGUGUUUUAAACCUACACAUGUGUAAACAGAAAUGGCCUGUACUCAUUUGCACAUUAUGUAGUUCGGCCAAAAGACAUUUUACCUCUUAGAUGUCAUAUUUCUAAUGUAUGUGAGUAGUUCCUGGGACAAGGGACUCAGGUCUGAAACAACACUUACAAAAACAUUCCUGUGUUUUAAAAAAUGUUCUUGUUCUAUGUUACAUGUUACUUUUCUCAGGAUUUGAAAUGCCUUCCAGUCAUUAUUUACAAUAUAAGCCAUGGUUGUUAGACUGAAAUAAAUUUUCCAGGUGCAAGAGCCUUCUUUUCAGAUUUUUGAUAAGUGUUUACAGUGCUACAGUUUAGGCGGGGAAUGUAGAGGAUGUAGUGAUCCGUGGACUUUUGUCCACCCAGAGUAGGCUUGAAAAAGCAUCAAUGUUAGGUAUUAUUAGAACCACUGGAGAUCAUUCAUGUGGACUGGAAAGCAUGUGGUUAUGUAUGAGUAUGUAAAUGUGAUAUUAACAAGCUUUGUACUGUAGGUGCAUGUUGAAAGUGAAGCAAGACCCUGAUUUUGUCGAAACUGACAGACUGAUGGCAGCUCUGUAUUUUACAUGAAGGUGUGAAUGAAUUUCAAGAAAUGAAACGUUGACAUCAAUUAUUGUCAGAGGUAAGACCUUCCAGGCUGUCAUGGGUCCUUAAACAAUUAAAUAAUGUUUUUUAUCUGAA